GAAAGCGAGCCCCCAGGCGGGGCUGCAAGCACAACACGCGGGCGGCGGGGAGGGCUUAAGAGAGGGGCGAAGCGGCCGCGGCGGAGGGGAGGGUCUCAGCUUGCCUCGCCUUCCCUCUUACGGCAGCCCCUUCGGGCGCCGCCUCUAGACUUCCAGCGCUGCCUCCCAGCGCCGACUGGAACUUCAGCCGCCGCGGAGCAUGGAGCGCUUCUCGGGCCACCGCGCUCUGGUGACGGGCGCGGGCAAAGGGAUCGGCAGGGCCGUAGCAGUACGGUUGAGCCACGCGGGGGCUCGGGUAGUGGCGGUGAGCCGGACCCCGACGGAUCUCGAGAGCCUACAAAAAGAGUGCCCAGGUAUCCAGACUCUGUGUGUUGACCUUGGAGACUGGGAGGCUACAGAGGCUGCAUUAAGCACAGUGGAAGAUAUUGAUCUGUUAGUGAAUAAUGCUGCUGUAGCAGUUCUGCAGCCAUUCCUAGAGGUGACUAAGGAGGCCUUUGACAGAUCUUUCAAUGUCAAUCUUCGGGCUGUGUUGCAUGUCUCCCAGAUUUUUGCCCAGAAACUGAUUGCCAGAGGAGCACCAGGAGUUAUUGUGAAUGUCUCAAGCCAGUCUUCCCAACGGGCUAUAUUAGAUCACACUGUUUAUUGUGCAACCAAGAGUGCCUUGGAUAUGCUGACAAAGUCAAUGGCUCUAGAAUUAGGUCCCCAUAAGAUUCGGGUAAAUUGUGUGAACCCCACAGUUGUCAUGACAGACAUGGGACGUCUCAACUGGAGGGAUCCCCAGAAAGCUGGAUCUAUGCUUAGCCGCAUCCCCCUGGGAAAAUUUGCAGAAUUGCUUUCAGCCAUCCUUCAUGCAUCUAUCCUUACAGAAGUGGAUGAUGUGGUAAAUGGCAUUCUGUUCUUGUUGAGCGACCAAAGCAACAUGACCACUGGUGCCAUGCUGCCCAUUGAUGGAGGAUUCCUCUCCUGCUAGAAUACCAUCCUGGGUAAAUUCCUUGGGGAUGAAUAUCUACUCUGUGUGAUUUAUCCUGUUCAGUCAUUCUGAAAAUACUGAAGAAUCAUGAAAUGGAACAAUUUGAUUGAUUAAUUGAUA